AGAAUGGGGUUGCUGAGAGAAUGAACCGAACUCUCAUGGAGCGUGCUAGAUGCAUGAUGAGCACUGCAAAAUUGGGGAAGGAAUUUUGGGCUGAAGCUGUUAAGACUGCAUGCUAUCUAAUCAACCGCUCACCCACUGUUUCUCUCAAGAUGAAAACUCCGGAGGAGGUUUGGUUUGGUAAACCUGCAAAUUAUUCUUUCCUUCGAAUAUUUGGAUGUGAUGCUUAUGUUUGGGUGCCUAAGGAGAAAAAAACCAAAGUUGACAAAAAUUCAAAAAGAUGUAUUUUUCUUGGCUAUGAGAUAGGUACAAAGGGGUACAGAUUGUGGGAUCCUACUACCUGCAAGCUUAUUAUUAGCCGAGAUGUGGUUUUUAAUGAAGAUGUUUUUCAAGGCACAACUAAAAAUGAAGCAAAGCAAGAAGCUAGUUUUGAUGAUGCUGUACAGGAGGAAAAUAUUCAAAAUGAUACUCAAUCUGAGUUUGAGCCUGAGUCUGAGCUUUUACAUGAAGGAACUUCAUCUGGUGAUGCUGUUUCGCCUCGACCUCGAAGGUCCAUUAGACCUUCAACGAGGUAUGAUGACUAUGUUACAUCUUUGAAGCCUCAAUCUAAUUAUGUAUGUGCUUAUCUUGUUUUGUCAGAAGAACAUGAGCCAACUUCUUUCAAAGAGGUUUGUGAGUCUGUCAAUUUUGACCAAUGGCGAGGUGCAAUGGAGGAGGAGAUGGAGUCUUUGCACAAGAACAAAACUUGGGAUCUUGUUCAGCUACCAGAAGGGUAUGCCCAAAAACCUGGUAUUCAUUUUGAUGAAGUUUUCUCACCAGUUGUUCGUAUGACUACUAUUAGAGUUGUUUUAGCUCUUGCUGCUUCUCUUGAUCUUGAGUUAGAACAACUAGAUGUCAAGACAACUUUCUUGCAUGGUGACUUGAAUGAAGAAAUUUUUAUGACACAACCUGAAGGCUUUGUUGAAGAAAAUAAUAGAAGUUUGGUUUGUCGGCUGAACAAAUCGCUUUACGGUCUGAAACAGGCGCCUAGAUGCUGGUAUAAGCGGUUUGAUUCCUUUAUCGUGAGCUUGGGAUUUCAUAGAUAUGACAUGAUUAUUGCAAGAAAUAAUCCCACUUAUGUCUCUACAUUAAAAGCUCAACUUGCUGGGGAAUUCGACAUGAAGGACUUGGGAGCUGUGAAUCAAAUUCUUAGGAUGAAGGGUUCUGCAGCACUUCAAUAUGCAGAUGCUAAACCAGUGAGUACCCCAUUUCCUGUUCAUAUUAAGUUGUCUUUAGAAUACUCACCCAGCACUGAAGUAAAGAAGGCAGCGAUGUCUCGAGUACCAUACUCAUCAACAGUAGGGAGUCUUAUGUUUACUAUGGUCGGAACUAGGCCGGACAUUGCACAAGCAGUAGGAGCUGUUAGCAAAUACAUGGCAAAUCCUGGUCGUGUUCAUUGGGAUGCAGUGAAGUGGAUCCUUAGAUAUUUAAAGGACACUUCAAGUGUUUCAUUGUGUUACAGGUCAAUGGAACCCGAUUGUGUUGGUUUUGUUGAUGCAGACCUUGCCGGAGAUAGAGAUAAAAGAAGAUCAACUUCUGGUAAUGUCUUUAUCAUAGCAGGUGGUGUAGUUAGCUGGGAGUCUAAAUUGCAACCGGUUGUAGCCUUAUCAACAACAGAGGCAAAGUAUAUCUCCAUCUCUCAUGCUUGCAAAAAAGCUAUUUGGUUGGAAAGGUUGCUUGCAGAAUUUAAAAUGAAGCAAGACAUGUUUUCUAUGCAUUGUGACAGUCAAAUUGAAGAUGGGAAGAUACUUCUACACAAGGUUCACACAAGUUCAAAUCCAGCAGAUAUGUUAACAAAACCAGUGGCCCGUGACAAGUUCAAUUGGUGCAAGUCUUCAAUUGGACUUGAAGAAGUUUGAUUCCUUUUCAUUUUUCUGUUUGUUUUGUUUCAAGAAACGUGUCUUCAAGUGGGAGAUUGCUGAAGAUCAAGUCAAACAAGACUGUUAGUGGAGUCCUAAUAAAGUGGAGCUGCUGGAGCAUACCAGAUUUUUUAUCUGAUAUGAAGCCACGUUUUUAGUAGAGAAUUACAACAAACUUCUGUUAUUUUGCUGUCUAUAAAUAAGGAGAAUGAUCAGUUGCACUGUGUGUCAAAUUCUCAUCCUUUCAUCAUAUUUUCUUGUUAUAGUUGUUCUGCUUUCAACAUUCAGCAAUAAAAGUCAUUUUAGUUU